AUGAAAUGGACGCAUAGGAUAGCGCCGUUCGUCUGGAUUCAGAUGCCAUUAGUCAUGAAGCAAGCUUAUGCGAAGAGAGCCAUGGAAGAAAAAUUGAGAAAGAGAGGAAUGAGAAAGGAAAGUAUGUGGACGAAAGUGUACAAAUUGGCUAAAGAUAGCUCGAUGAAACAGAAAUUGAUGCAAUCUCGAGAUAGUCAGCCAACAUUGAGCGUCUCGCUAUAUUCGGAAAACUCGAAAGCCGAUCGAUCUCUGAGCGCUGCACACAUGGAAGAAUCGAUAACGAUUGAGAGUCUGACGGCAACCCAGGAAACCUCGUGCAAUGCCGAUUUUCUUCAUCCGAAGCGACUGAUUCACUCGGAAAGUAGUCAAAGUAUACACAGCGAGAUGAAGCCUGUUGAAGUUCAAAUCUCGCCAUUCGCUACCCGCAAUAUCGCCGAACUCGAAUGGGAUUGGGUGGCGGCGGUUUUGGAGCGAUGUUUCCUCAUCGUUUUCACGCUCUUCUUCAUUUUCUCGGCGAUUGGCAUCAAUUUAAUUGGAUAUUUCUAUUGGUACAUCGAGAAACACGAAAUUGAGUCAUUUGUCUUUCAAUAA